AUGAAGUUGGUGGUAUACGAUGACCUCCCUAGUCCAAGUAUCCAUCAACAUCGGAACUCACUGUCAUCAUGGUUUAACGACAGUCGGAACUUGGCCUCGCGAGCCUCUAACCGGGCAAGCAUGACCUUGAAACGAACUUCAACCACCCCAUUGAAGAUUGGCGCACCUUCAGACUUUCGCAGAGUGCAAUCUUUCCACGAUCACCCGUCUCAGUCAUACCAUGUACCUCCGCCACCAACCUAUCAACCAUUGGACCUUCGCAUUCAUCGAUCAGGCAAUCGAUUGUCAGACCUACCUUCAUUUGAAGGCUUCCAGCUAAACGAGAGCACCGAGCGCAAGCCGCUACCGGUGCCUCCGCGUGCCCUGACCACUUCGACCGGCGUUCGAGAUCGAUAUGGCCAAAAGGCAUUUGUAGUCUCGCGUAAGCCAGUCGGGUCCCAGAAACGCCGAUCACUUGGGAACAUGGAACCUUCGCUCGUAAAAGAGCCUGUUCGCAUCACUAGUGCUCUAGUUCCGCAUUUCUCGACAAUCACUCCCACCGAGACCACUCUGCCAGAAGCCCAGGCAACAUCUCCAAUCCAUAACAGAUCAAAGUCGGAGGGGAACCAGCUUACGCUGAACACCCCAUGGCCCAUCGAUGCAAGCAUAGGCCAACCCUGGGAAACCGUGCCUCGGAAUACACCUACAUUCAAGAGCAUAGAAUCACCGGAUACAUCCUCAUCCAAGUAUUCGACGAUUUCCAAGGGCAGUCCUUCGUCAGCUAGCUUGCGCACAAUGCCAUCACAAAUCUCAUCUCUACGCCGUCCCUCCAUUCCACUCCCACAGAACCGGGACACAAUCGAUUCAGCCCGCUCCUCACUUUCCAACCGCGUAAACCAAUGGAUGUUCCCUACACCCACCAAGCCAUCUACGCCCCCGAAGCAGGCCUCUUUGCCCGGGGAUAACGAGUUUAAUUGGGAGCGAACCCGCACGCUGAGCGGCACCACAGUCGCAUCGACUACCACGACCAUCACUGGCGGUGCCCGAGUACGGAACAAUAGCUCUAUCUCUAGUGCCUUCUCUACUGCCAUCACUCCUCGUACCUCAUUCCAGGUCCCCUCAUCUUCUGCAGAAAAGGUUGCUGACGCUGGUGUCUGUUACCCGACCAUCUUUGAGGGCCAGCAACAGCACCAUAAAUUCUCCCCGUAUCACGAUAAUGGACAUAUGAGGUACCACGAGUCCAGUAUUGGGUUGGCGUUUUGA